UGUCAGAUGGCCAUCUAGCCUGUUUAAAAACCUCCAAGGAAGAAGAGCCCACCACCUCCCGGGGAAGCGUGUUCCACUGAGGAACCACUCUAACGCCAAGUGAAUAAGAGUGUCUUUCAAGAGUAAGAGGCAACCCAAGAUGAAGGUGGAGGAGAUGGAAGAAAAGGACCCCGAAGGCCCUGGAACUGGGAAGAUAUCGAGGAAAGGUUCCCAUUCCCUCCAAGCAGGGAGUGGUGCUGAAUUCUGGGAAAAAGCUGUGCCAGAGAUUGUGGUUCAGGACACUGUGACCGCAGAUGUACGCAGCCAAUGUUUCCGGCGGUUCUGUUACCACAAAGCUGAUGGGCCCCGAGAGGUCUGCAGCCGUCUCCAUGGACUUUGUAAGGACUGGCUGGAGCCAGAGAGGCGCACCAAGAAGGAGAUGGUGGACCUGGUGAUCCUGGAGCAGUUCCUGGCCAUCCUGCCGCAGGAAGUGCAGGGCUGGGUGAGAGGAUGCGGGCCAGAGACCAGUUCCCAGGCAGUGGCCCUGGCCGAAGGUUUCCUCCUGAGUCAGGCAGAGGAGAAGAGGCAGGCACAGCAGAUGUGUGGACGAUCUGUGAAGGCGGAAGCAAAGUUCUCUGAGGCAGAAGGAGCUCUGUCAGAGGAAGGUCAGAGGACGCAGGCACAGGAGCAUGCCCGAGAGGCCCUGUCAAGUGGCAGUGAAGAGACAUUAUCGAGCCGUUUUCUUUGCAGAGAAGUGGAAACGCCUCCUCGACCUCUGGUCCAGUCUCCAUUUUCCUUUGAGGAGGUGGCCGUGUAUUUCACCGUGGGAGAGUGGGCCCUGCUGGAUCCGAGCCAAAAAGCUCUCUACAGGGAAGUCAUGCUGGAGAACUAUGGAAAUGUGGCUUUUCUGGCAGCAGAUGGAGAAGAGACAGCUGGGGAAUUCCAGGGGUUCUCUUUGGAAACAGUCAAGAUUGAAGAUGCUGAAGAAAACUUUGGAGAUGAACCCCAGAGGCAGGAGGAAAGCCACGCAGCAGGAGAUGUUCAGAGGAAUGAGGAGGAUGGGGAACUGCAUCAUCUCUCACCAGCUGAAAUCAAGAAAGAAGACAGGAGAAGAAACAUCAGGAUUCAAAGCAGACCUCAGAGGCAGGAAGUCAGUCACAGGGUGAAGAAGAGGGAUAAAUUCGUUCCUUGCCAAGGGGGGGAUUUCCAAGAAGUAAUUCAGAUGUUGGAGGAAACAUACAAGUGCUUGAACUUCUCAGAUCAAACCCAAUAUAAUGUCCAAUCGGGAAUGCACAGUGGAAAGAAGGCCCAUCCAUGCCUGAAGCGUGGAAAGGCCAUGAUUACCAGAGCAGAGUUCCUUAGACAACUAAGAAGACAUACAGGAAAGAAACCUUAUCGCUGCUCAGGCUGCAGCAAGAGCUUCUCAGAGAAAUCAGACCUUGUUCAACACCAAAGAAUUCAUUCUGGAGUGAAGCCCUUUAUCUGUUCAGAGAAUGGAAUGAUGUUCUUGGAUGGAAGAAAGGGUACUAUACAUUUUUCAAAGGACAAUAUAAUGAGGCCAUAUAAAUGCUAUCGGUGUGGAAAGUACCUCAGAUACAAAUCACAGCUCCUUGUGCACCAGAGGACCCACAUACCUUUUGAGUGCUCAGAGUGUGGGAAGAGAUUCAGUCACAAUUUGCUUCUUAAACUGCACGAAAGAAGACACAGAGCGAUGUGGGGAGGAUCCAUGAAAGAGGAAGCAAAGUUCACUGAGGCAGAAGGAGCUCCAUCAGAGGAAGGUCAGAGGGUACAGGCCCAGGAAUGUGUCCAAGAUGCCCUGUCAAGUGGCAGUAAAGAGACAUUAUCGAGCCCUUUUCUUUCCAGAGAGGUGGCAAAGGCUGCUCAACCUCUGGUCCAGGGGAUGAUCAGAGGAAUGAGGGGGAUGAGGAACUACAUCAUCUAUUGCCAGAUGGAGUCAAAAUUCAAGGCAGGGUGA